AUUACUUUCUACUCAUCCUUCCAAGUCUCUGUCCUCUGAUUCUAUUCUCUCAUACAACAACAAGAUUUAGGUUUACGUGAUUGCUUCAUAUUGCAAAAAUGUGUGGUGGUUCAAUCCUCAAUGACCUCAUCCCUCGCAACAAUGGCCGCCGAUUCACCGCCUCCGACAUAUGGCCCAGUUCGUCUUUUGAUAAAGACUCAGACUUCGAGUCCAAUCUCUGUUCAUUAAGCCAUGGCAACUCUUAUCCUCCCAAAAGGCCCGCACCCACUUCACAUGGUGUGCAAGCUGAGAAGAGAGGUAAGAGGCAGCGGAAGAACCUGUACAGAGGAAUCAGGCAGCGGCCCUGGGGCAAAUGGGCUGCCGAGAUUCGUGAUCCCAGAAAAGGGGUUCGUGUAUGGCUGGGGACCUUCAAUACCGCCGAGGAAGCCGCUCGAGCUUACGACAAAGAAGCUCGUGAAAUUCGGGGCAAGAAAGCGAAAGUGAACUUCCCCAACGAAGGCGAUGACUACUCCGCAACCCAAAACCGCCUCAGGCCAACACCUCCGCAUCAGACCCAGUGUAUCACUUUCAACCAUAAUUUACCAAAAUGUUUCAACUUUGAGUCUGGUUAUGAUCUGAACCAGAUGGGUGGUUAUCCCUCUUAUGGGGUCGAUACUGUUCCAGUUCCAAGCACCGACCCAGUAAUGGUCUCGUGUGAGGAUAUUAAUAAUCCUGGUUCAGACGAAUCUUACUCUACAGAAGGGUUAGUGGCAUGUAAUUUGAACGCAAACAAGGACGGUGUAGAGGUGAAAGAGAAAGAGGAGAAGCUAUCUAAGGUGGAGGAGGAGGAGGAGAUUGAGGUGCAGAAGCUGUCGGAGGAACUCAGGGCUUACGAGGAGUUCAUGAAGUUCUACCAGAUCCCUUAUCUUGAUGGGCAAUCAACUCCUCCGACUUCAACUCAAGAAAGCGUUGUGGGUGAUCUCUGGAGCUUCGAUGACGAUGGAAUCCAAGCCGUCUCUGCAACUCUGUAAAAACAGAGUAUCUUUCCUCCUUGGUUUUAGUUUCAAAUUUUUUAACGAUUGUUUGAUGAUUUGGGUCACAUCAGUGCCUUCGGAAUUGACUGUUGAUGUUUUAAUUUUUGUGAACAAGAUUAGAUCUUCGUCGUCGUUGUAUAUAUUUGAUUCGUUUCUGGUCUUUAAUUGACAAUCCAAAUUGCACUUUAAUCUCUU